AUGGCUGAGGUUCUUCUAAUUGCUGCUGAUAAGUAUGCGCUCGAAAAACUGAAAGUGAUAUGCGAAGAGGCUAUCUGUCGUAACCUCUCCGUAGAAAAUGCAUUGGAAGCUUUAGUAUUAGCCGACCUACAUAGUGCGCAUCAAUUGAAAGCACAAGCCAUGGAUUUCAUAAAUAGUCAUGCCACUGAUGUGCUGGCAACAUCCCGCUGGCAAAGUAUGAUUACGACACAUUCACAUCUGUUUGAGGAGGUACUUCGUAAGAUUGCGAAAUCACAGAUACCAUCAACUGGACUAGCAAGCAAGCGUGAAAUUAACUGA